CUGUCUGAGGAGCUCUCCAGUCAGAAGACACAAGGGGGAAGAGACAGAGGGAGUCAAGGCAGGAGGGAGUGUGUGUGAGAAAGAGAGAGAGGGAGGAGGUGACAUCUCCAGUGCUUGUCUUAGGAAGCAACCUCAGGCUUGAACCUGCGGUGGCCAUUCAGAUACAUGAAGUUGAGGACACUCCUUCUGGUUCAGUACCAAACAUGUACUAGCUGCUUCCUGUUCUCUGGUGGCAUGUUUUAACUGCUUGUUGGCUGACUUCAGUAUUUGGACAGUCUGAAAACUAUUUUUUGUCUUUUUGUCUGGAGCUUUGUGUAGCUCCCUCCAGGAUCCGAUGAUUACAGGGCAGCUGAGCAAGCCGCUGCUCUCCCUGCGCAGCGACAUGAACGCGGCAGAACUCCGGGGGGACGACAAAGCGGCCACCCCAGACAGCGAUCUGAACGACGAGCCCCUGCUCCUGCCCUCUGAGACCACGGACAGAGAGGGCACUCCCAACAAGCUGUACGGGAUUCGUGACGGUUCGGUCCAGUCUGAUGUCAGCAGCAGUCCUUCUGAACAGAGUCAACUCGGUCAGUCCCACCCAGGAUACCCCAUGGGUCCACAGUCUCUCUUGGUGGCACAGCAGUUGGCUAAUGCAGUAGGCGGUGUAAUGUCUGGGGCAGCUCCAGGCAUGAACCAGCCCAUCCUCAUCCCCUUCAAUGCAGGCGGACACCUGGGCGGGCAGCAGGGCCUGGUCCUCUCCCUACCCACAGCCAACAUCCAGAGCCUGGUGGCUGCUGCUGCUGCAGGGGGCAUCAUGACACUCCCCCUCCAGAACCUGCAAGCUACCUCAUCACUUAACUCCCAGCUCCAGCACCUACAGCAGCUCCAACAGAUGCAGCAGCACCACCAGCAGCAGCAGCAGCAACAACAGCAGCAGCACCAUCACCAACAGACCCACUCCCACACCCCGAACCAGCUGCCAUCCCAACAUCACAUGACCACGCCAAGCCAGCAGCAGCAGACCUCUGUCCCGUCUCCUGGCUCCACAUGCUCCUCCACCUCGGGACAGCCUCAGCAGUCUCCUCCACACCGACCCAACCAAUCACCAGCCCGCAGCCUUCCCUCGCCCGUCACCCCACCUAUGCCGUUACCACUCAAUCCUCUUGCCAGCCAGGCAGCGGUAGCAGCGGCGGCCGCCAUGGGGUCCAUCGCCAGUUCUCAGGUGUUUGGCAACACCCUGUCAAACCUGCAAGGAGCCACCGGACAGCUGGUCACCAACGCACAAGGACAGAUAAUUGGAACAAUCCCACUGAUUCCCAACUCUGCAGGGCCCUCCAGCCAAUCAGGGGGUGGCAACCCAGCACUGCAGGUACAGCCAAUUACACCUCAGCUUCUGACCAACGCUCAAGGCCAGAUCAUCGCCACGGUGAUCGGCAAUCAGAUCCUGCCUGUCAUCAACACCCAGGGAAUCACGCUGUCACCAAUCAAGCCUGGACAGCAGCUGCCUCAGGCUCAGCAGGGUCAGACAGGCCCUGCAUCGUCUCAGCCCAACCUGCUCCACAUGCCCCACAGACAGAGUCCACUCCACCAGGCCUCUUCCUCCUCCUCCACCUCCUCCUCUUCCUCGGCUCUCAGCGUGGGGCAGCUGGUCAGCAACCCGCAGACCGCCCCCAGCGAGGUGGACGGGGUCAACCUGGAGGAGAUUCGUGAAUUUGCCAAAGCAUUCAAGAUCCGCCGUCUCUCCCUGGGCCUGACACAGACUCAGGUGGGCCAGGCACUCAGCGCAGCCGAGGGGCCGGCUUACAGCCAGUCUGCCAUCUGCAGACACACCAUCCUGAGAAGCCACUUUUUCCUACCACAGGAAGCCCAAGAGAACACUAUAGGUAGCAGUCUGACAGGCAAACUGAACCCUGGCCUUUUAUAUCCUGCCAGGUUUGAGAAGUUGGACAUCACCCCUAAAAGCGCCCAGAAGAUUAAGCCAGUUCUGGAGCGCUGGAUGGCCGAGGCUGAAGCCCGCCACCGAUCCGGCAUGCAGAACCUGACUGAGUUUAUCGGCAGCGAGCCCUCGAAAAAACGCAAGCGGAGGACCUCUUUCACCCCGCAGGCACUCGAGAUCCUCAACAGCCACUUUGAGAAGAACACGCACCCGUCGGGACAGGAAAUGACGGAAAUAGCCGAGAAACUGAACUAUGACAGGGAGGUGGUUCGUGUCUGGUUCUGCAACAAGAGGCAAGCCUUGAAAAACACAAUAAAGCGUUUGAAACAGCCCGACAUCGGCGUGGCUGCGCCCAUGGACCCUCUCACUGAUUCUCUAGAGGAGCUCCCGAAAUGAACGAGCUCACCACAAAAAAAAAAAGAAAUUAAUUAAAAAAGUAUGGAGUGGAAAAGUGGCAGCCAUUAAAACAACAAGCGGGAUGAACUCAUCUUGAAAUGAGAACUGAAAAAAGUUUCCAAGUCACCUGGAUGGACAGUCAUGAGUUUGCAAACAAAACUAUGUGUUGUCAGUGUGAUUACCACAGUUAUGUAAAUGACCUUGGCGAAACCAAAAACAUGAAAAAAGAGAUUAAUAUCUGAGAAUUAUGUAAAAACAUACAGUGUGCUGUUUUAGAUUCUGGCCUUCCAGACCAGACUAUUGCCCAAAUUUUGGUUCCCACGAGGAGGGAUUUAGUAAAGAGAUCAUACCAAAUCAAAACACUAUUUACCAAAGUCUGUUGCAUCUGAGUACUAAGAAUAAUUUUGUAAUGUAAAUGUGCUCUAAAUUUUUACAUUUGUACUGGCAAAAUCUAAGCUAUAUGUGUGAGGUUGAGUAUACAUUUUAUCUUUGUCUUGCUUACUUUUUUCUUCAUUGUUUGUAUGUAAAUAUUUAAAGAAAAAAAUGGAAAAAUGCUGUCUUUGAAUUGAAAUCACACUGAUGAACUUCUGUUUUGGACAAAAAAAAAAUUUACCUUUACUGUUAAACGAUUGCAUAAUACUGUUGUUUGCCUCCGAUUUGUGUUUCAUCUGCAAAUAUUUUCAGUCACAGUGUACAUUUGUACAACUUUUACAGGUAUUUAUCAAUAAUUUGAUGAGAUUGUUUCAGAGGACGGACGGAGAGUGAACCAAGGACAGUCGCAUGAUGAUGAGGAUGAUGAUGUUGCUGAUGAUGAUGAUGAUGAUGAGGGGUUUCGGUGUCUGUCAAGUCAACUGCAGCUUUGUUUUGAGCUACUGUGUCAUUCUGUUGCCAAAGCUUGAUAGCCAAAGAACACAUUAACUUCAGCUCAAGGACUGGGGAAUAUUUUAACAUUUGAUUUGUACUCACAUACAGAUUUCUCACCCUUUUUUCUAAAAUGUUUUAUUCUGUGGGUCAAGAAAAACACUCUUGUGUCAGCUGUAUUUACUUCUAUUGGCAACAAAAGGAAUUGUGUUAGAUCAAUUUUCUGUUGCUUCAUUUCAAAAAGGCAAAAUUUUUCCUCUGCAAGUUUCAACACCAACGGCAAGAAGAACAUUUAUCAACAGAUUUGGUGAGAUAAAUUUCAACUGAUCACGUUCAGUCUUAAAUGCUUCUUGCUGAAACCAUUGAAAAUAACAUUAUUUCACAUAAUAAACCCUUUAAUUAUCUGAUAAAUUAAGUGGAGCCUCUUUGUUGCCACUGACCAAACAUUUUCUAAUCCAGAUGUUUUUAAAUGUCUAAACAUUUCAAGUCAAAUAAGCUCAAAUAUAGCACUUUGACUAAUUCUGCAACUUACUGAAGGUUUACAGUACAGAUGUCACAAUCAGAUAUUUUGAUGCAAAUGUAUUUUUUCCAUAUUCAUUACAUUCCAUAUACGGUGCAAAUUAAUUUCCACUAUUUGACUGCCAUCACUGUGUACUUAACGCCUCGUUUUACAUUAUUCCAGACAAAAAAAAAAAAAAAUCCUCCUAGACGUCUCUCUACAAAUGCUCCGUUUUUAUAAAAAUAAAAAGAAACCUCACAGGAAAAGGAGGAGGAGGGAAAAGAGGUGAAUGUUGAGAAUAAGUGUCACAUGUCAGAACAAGUGAACUUAAUUUGAAGUGAGGUGAAAUUUGAUGCAAUUUAUUCAGAAUCAUGUGUCUGCUCGAUAUCUGUCUUUCCAUGUCACAUUGGUUUUCUCAGUCUUUCAGUCCCCUGUGCACUGCUCGGUCCUUCUCUGCCUGGAAAUAACACACACACGUACUCAGUCCAUGUUAGAAAACACAUGAGACAGCUUUACAUGCCUGUGUUGUAAAAAGAAAUAGGUGGAGCAACAUGCAUUCUAUUUUUAUUUGGUGCACAAGGACUUUAAUUGUAGCUUUUUAUUUAACAUUAAACCAUUUCAGGUCAGAUUUGUUUGCACUUCAAUUAAAAAAAAAACACACAUUUAGCUUGUAUUCUUUGCAUUUAGUCAUAUUUAGGCCAUUUUUGUUGUGCUUUCAAGAGGAAAUUAGUUCAUUUUUGACCUAUAUAUUCUACCCGUGCAUCCCCAGAUGAACAUAAAAAAGCAGGUUCUUGCAGGUAGAACAUGGAUCAGUUCUGAGGCUUACCAAUAAAGCUGCAACCAAAACCAAAAAGAGGGAAAAAAAAAAAAAAGACACAUAAAAGGAGUUAUGCCUUUGCUAAACUUUUCAAUGCUGGACCAAAGCUCUAUAGUUAUGCACAUUGUACAGAGAAAUAGAUUCAUGAUGUUGACAAUCUUUAAAAUCUGCGAAGAAAAGAAUUGAAGAGUAGAAAUGUACAGUAGUUCAUCCAAGGUUACCUCAGUACUGUUCUUGUGAGAAUCAUACAAAUAUGCCAUAAAGCAGCAGCAGGUCAGUAGAUAAAGCAGAUGAUUUGUCUGCACUGUGUCAAUGUUCACCUUCGAUGUGGAGGAGAGGCUCGUGUUUUUUAUUUGUUCAGUGACACAUGAUUGUUUUCAUUUCGUGAAGUGGUUUUCCUUCCUACGUGUGACUCUGCUCAUCAUGUAUUUUUACUUUCCUGUUGCUUUAAUUUGUCAUUCGUCCCCCGCCUCUGCCGUCGUGAUGUUCACCUCUCAGUUUUAUCACAGACCCACAUAAAAGAUGACGACCAGAUUACAGUAAUGUUGCUCUGAACCCAAUUAGGAUGAUUUGUUAAACCACUUUUCAAUGCUUUUUUGUGAAAUUUUACUAACACAAACAACCUGGUUUGAUGUUUUGUUAAUAGUCAAAGAACUCGAAACCAAAGCUGAAGAGCCUGCAGAGGUUGGUUUUCAUUUUUUUUAUAGACUGAAAACUGUAAUCUAUAGAGCAAUAUCUGUUUGGUCAGUUAAGCAGCACUUUGUGUAUUU